AUGCAGAACGGGGGUAAAUGUACUCAUGAGAGUGAAGGAGCUAAUAGCAAAAAUAAUUACAAGAUAUUUAGUUUAAUAACAACUUAUAAUUACACUUUAUGGUAUAAUAUAAGAAUUCUAUCAUUAUUAGAACCAGACAAACCUCGAAAUGAUCCAGCAAUCACCAUAUCAGGCAAAUCGUAUGUUGACAAGGAUUUAGCCAUUAGACUAACGUGCAAUGCAAGUGGUUUGUCUCACCCACAAGUUGCAGAUUGGUUCAAAGAUGGACAGAAAAUCAACGCAAAUAAAAUAAAGCAAAUAUCCAUAACCGGAAGUUCGUCAUACGAAACCGGAACGAUAUCGAGCACGCUGGUCAUAAAACACAGCAAACUCACAGAUCAAGGAACGUACAUCUGUCGAACCUCUGAGUCUCUUGUAACCAGUAUGAAAGUAAAUGUGCUAGACGCACAGAAAACUACACAAGCGGACUCGAAUAAUGUCAAAAGAGAGGAAGCGAAGGAGACUUCUGGAAGGUCCAUUGAAGGUACAGCUCAAUCUGCGAGUGGUCAAGACAGCUUCCGACAAGCUUUAACCUUUACGUUGGUGUUAGCUUUUGGACUAAGCACUUGUCAAUUCAUCGUUCAUUAACAUCAAAUGAAUGGAAAUUUUUAACAAAAUUGGCGUGGGCUAUGUUGUUGUUUUUUUAUUAUUAUUAUUACUACUACUAUUAGACUGCCGGUGUGCAAAAGAAAAAAUUUUUUAAAAAUUUUAAGGAACAGCUUUCCAUGAAAGCUGUUUCAGAAUUGGUGAGUUAAUUUAACAACCAAUGAAAUGAAGGAAGAAUAACAGAGUUUCAUAAACCAAAAGUAAAAUGGAAAAAUAUACCUAAGUAUAUAUAUAUAUAUAUAUAUAUAUAUAUAUAUAUAU